UUUAUGUAUACUAAUUAUUUAUUAAAAUGUUUAAAACGUGUCUACAUAAUUAAAAAUUAGUGCACAGUUUAGUUUAUUGUUUGUCUGUUUAUAAAAAAAAUUGUUGUUCAAGACCUUUAUCCAUAACAACCGACAAUGAAUUUCAAAAUAAUCGAUGUUGACGAAAUCUAUAAAAAUGAUGAUAAACUCAAAAAGGAAGAUGUCAAUAUGUUAAUGGAAUGGGCAGAAAAACAAGCACAUUUACCAAAAGUUAGCGAGCUAAUAAUGGCUUGUUUCCUGCAUAGCUGUUUUUAUAAAAUAGAAGCUGCUAAAUCUGCAAUAGAUGUAUAUUUUACGGGCAAUACUUUGAACCCUGAUAUGUUUCAAUUUAAAUCUUUAAAAGACCCUAUAGUUAAACGUACUACAGAUAAUAAUUUGGUAGUCAUACUUCCUAAAAAAGCCCCUAAUGGAGACAGCGUAAUUAUUUUGAAACCAGGUGAAAAUCCAGAAAAUUACCACUACCCCACUCAGUGCAAAGUACUGGAUGCCCAACGUAUAAUUCAUUUACACGAAAAGGGUCCCUUUACAGGAAUUCACAUUAUUGUAGACCUGAAAGAUGUAGUAUUUGGACAUGUUAUUAAAUUAUCUACUACAGUAAUGGCUGUAAAGAACUAUCUGUAUAUACUUCAAGAAGGUUUACCAGUUCGCCUCAAGCACAUCCAUUUUAUUAACAUAGUAUCUUUCAUAGAUAAAAUAUUAGCUAUAAUUAAGCCCUUUAUGAAAAAGGAACUACAGGACAAGCUACGUGUACAUUCUGACAUUAAUUCACUUUUUACUUACAUACCACAAGAUGUAUUACCAAUAGAGUAUGGAGGUUCUUGUGAAUCUACGGAAGUUUUAAAAGAAAAUGUAAAAAAGUUAUUAGUGGAAAACGAAGAAUUUUUAAUCGCACAAGAUGCCCUGGUCGUAGAUGAGAGUAAAAGAACAGAACGUAAUGAGAAAUUGAACGAUGUGUUUGGAAUAGCAGGAAGCUUUAAAAAAUUAGAGGUUGACUAACUAUUAUAUAUAACUUAAUGUUAUUUAUGUAAUGUGGUUGUUUGUUUUCGUGUUUAAUUUAAAAAAUCUCAAUUACUAUAUUUGUAAAUAAUCCAGGUAUAAAUUGUUCUUACAAGCAACACUUAUCUCUAUUAUUAAAUAUUUAAAAGAUUUUCUUGCUUUACAAGAUAGCGCAGCCGUGUAUCGAAAUUGGUAAUAUCAUGGUAGUAGGAAAUGAAUAUUCCUGUUUUAAAAUGGUCUUCAAGCAGUCUUGAUCUAUUCUCUAUCGAUACUCUUUGUCAUCAGAGGAAAAAAAACAUAAAACUAGUCCAGUUUGCGCAAUACCUGACUUAAAUAGUGAAGUUCAGGAAAUUUUGCAAUUGCGAGUCUAUAAUCGAUAACUUUCAACCAGAUCAUUACCAAACAUAAGUUGGCACAAUGACAUAGACAAUUAUUGAUCCCGUAUGGCGUUUUAAAACGAGUAAGAGUGACUUCACACGGUGGUAACGCUGACUCAAUAUAUGGCCCAAUUAAUUUGCGCCAUAUUGGACCAUAUAUUGUAGUUGAUAUUUGAAAUUGUUAAUUAGUAUUAGAUAUUGUUGAGUAAUUAGCAAAAUCAUCUUAUAUACUAAAACGCUAAGCCCUUUUCUUGUCCACCACUUUACUCA